ACUCCAAAUUGUUCCCAUUGUUGGAAUAGGAGGCAUGGGUAAGACUACUCUUACAAUGAAUGUUUUUAAUGAUUCAUAUAUCAAGUAUCGCUUUGAUAUUCGUGCAUGGGUAACAUUGUUUGAACAAUAUCGCAUGCGUGACAUUCUUCUAAGCCUUCUAGAUGACUUUGUUGUUACUGAUCACAUACGCGAAGAGGAUGAAGAACUAUUAAAAGAAUAUUUGUACAAAAAUCUAAAGGGUAGGCGAUAUCUAAUUGUAGUGGAUGAUGUACGGAGCAUUGAGGUCUGGAAUGACAUAAAAAUGUUAUUUCCAAAUGAUAAAAAUGGAAGUCGAAUCAUAUUGACAAGCAGGCUAAGAGAUGUGGCUGAUUACGUCAACUCAUCUAAUGCUCAUCACCAGAUGCGAUAUCUUGAUGAGGAAGAAAGUUGGAAUUUAUUUAAUGAAAAGGCAUUUGGCAAAGAAAAUUGCCCUCUUGAUUUGGUGGAUGUCGGAACAAAGAUAGCCAAAAAUUGUCGAGGACUACCAUUACUAAUUGUGGUGAUUGGUGGACUCCUGUCAAAGGGCAAUAAGGCAAAAGAUUACUGGGAGUAUGUAGCUGAAAAUCUAAACUCAAUUGUAGCAGAGGAAGAUGACCGAUGCUCAGAGAUAUUAAAUUUUAGUUACAAACACUUGCCUUCUCAUUUGAAAGCUUGUUUUCUCUAUAUGGGAGUUUUCCCAGAAAACUAUGAAAUACCAGUAUCUAGACUCAUCAAGUUAUGGGUCGCUGAGGGAUUUCUGAAGCCACAUGAACUUAAAAGCUUGGAAGAGGUUGCACAGAAAUAUCUUGGGGAUCUUAUUGAUAGAAAUCUUAUUUUGGUUCAUCAAAAAGGGUCGAUUAAUGGAAAAGUAAAAACCUGCAUCAUGCAUAGUCUUUUGAGAGAGCUCUGCGUGAGGAUAGCUCAUAAGGAGGAAUUUCUUUGUGUGAAGAGCAAGUAUAUACACAUUUUUGCUGAGAAGGAAACUUUGCAGCGACGUUUGAGUAUUCAUGAUGAUGCUUCACAAAGUUCCAAUGAGGAGGACAUGACAAUGCAAUCAAUGUCUCUUGUCCGAUCUUUUAUUUAUACUGGUUGGGAUGAUACUCAAUUGCAUUCUUAUUAUUAUUUUGGUUGUCGAUUGCUAAGGGUAUUAGACAUGGUUGGAGUGGAACUUAAAUUGUUCCCCGAUGAAAUACUUCAACUAGUUAAUUUGAGGUACAUUGCUAUUACCUGUCACGAUGCAAUUCCUCCUUCUAUUGCCUUACUUAAGUAUCUACAGACUUUAGUUGUUGAAGACCCUUGGGGAAUUACAAUUCACCUACCAGAGGAAAUUUUUAAUAUGCCCCAAUUGAGGCAUCUCAAACUCUCUCAAGUUUCCCUGCUCCCUGGUUUAUUCUCCCCAUUAACCGAUAGUGAUAAAUCUUUCAUUCUAGAAAAUCUAGAGACACUUUUGAAUGUACAAGAUUUAGGAAAGACAAAACACUUCCUUGAAAAAAUUCCAAAUGUGAAGAAAUUGGGAAUUCAUUAUAAUGUCACCAUGUGGAAUGUCUAUGACAUCCAUCUCCAAAAACUUGAAACACUAAAAAUUGUCUUUGAAUCGCCGACAAAUUCAAUUUUCCUGCGAAGCAUCACUUCUGCCCCAAGUCUCAAAAAGAUAACUCUAGAUCAUGGUAGAAUUGAUUGGGAAUAUAUGACGAUUUUUGGUAUGUUGCCAAAUCUUGAAGUGCUGAAAUUGCGCGGGUUUGCCUUCAUCGGCCCAGAGUGGGUACCAACUGAAGGAGAAUUUCUCAAACUUAAAUUCUUGCUAAUUUGGGAGACAGAUUUGGAACAGUGGAAAGCGGACAGCACUCAUUUUCCAAGGCUUGAGCAUCUAAUCCUCCAAAACUGCUCAAAAUUGGUAGAGAUUCCAUCUGACAUUGGAGAAAUACAGACGCUUGAAAUAAUUGAAAUAGAUAACUCCAGUCUGUUGGCCAUGAAAUCAGCAAUGGAUAUACUUGAGGAACAGCGGAACCAAGGAAAUGAAGUCCUUCAAAUUCUUUUCCAUCAGACAAAAGGAAGACUAUAUCCGUUAAAAUAUGGGGUCGAGCAAGAUGAGUCAGGUCACUUUCAUAGAAGGGAAACCAAACUUGAUCGGUUAUGGAAAGAAAGACACGCUCCUUCUGGAAGUAUUAGAAGUUCGCAGGUAAACCAAUUCCUCGUCCUAUAAUUGUGUGCUACUUUCUUAAUUUAGAUACAUCCCCUUGAAUCCCGAAUGGCAUUUGUAUGUUUCAACAUUGUUCUAUGACUUUUCUUUGCAUUCUCACUCCAGAAGCUAGUCCUAAAUCUAGGAAUAAGUGAUGACGAGAAAGAGCAAUUGAAGGUCUUUAUAGUUGGAAAACUUUUUCAGGACUAACUUACUUCAAAGAAAUUUUGGGACUCUUUUAUGUUAAAAUGUCUAAAUUAUCAUUUUUUAUAGGAUGAUUAUAUUGGCACCAUAGUUUUAAUUUGUUACACCACAUUUUUAUUGCACUUAUAUUCCUCAAUCUGUGUUCGUCGUAGCAUUUAUAUCCCUAACCUUUUUUCCUAUCGUACUCUUAUUUCCAAUCUUCCACUAGUUAUUACAUCUCAUCUUUGAUGAUAAUUUUUGUCAAAAUAUUUUAUUUUUUAUUGCAUUUUUGUAUUUAUUUAUUUUUUUAAAAAACAUGAUGGAAAGUAAGUCAUUUAUGCCCUUCAAUAGAUUUUUUUGAUAAAAACUGUUAUAAGAUAUAAGAUGUGUUAACUAAUGAAAAAUUGAGGAUAAAAAUGCCACUGAAAACGUUAGAGAUAUAAGUGCAUAAUGAAUAAAGAUUUACCCUUUUCUAUAUUGUUGAUAGGUCUCAAACACCCUUAAAAUAAUAUGACCAUAAUAUCCUUUUCUUAAACUUUUAGGGAAAAAAAAUGUGAUAAAUGAAAAGCAACUGUAGUGGUUUUCUCGUAAAAAAGACCACUGUCCUUUAAUAAACCAGAGUCGUUUUCCAUUUCACAAAGGCUCCUGAUCUCGAUUUGUAUAACUGUGGCCAACCCAUAACAAACAAAAAAUCAA